UAUUUGGCCCAUGCAUGGACUAAUCGUGUUGAUCAAGUUUGUAAUCGGUCUCCCGCAGAGUGUACAGACCUUUGGACUUUGAUGUUUGUCUGGUUUCAAGUAAUCUGUUGCUGAGACCUUUUUUCUGUAGAAUUUAGGCUAACCUCGAGUUUUUGUAUUAUUUGACCAUGCUGUCUUCCGGAAGAAUUUCUCUUGCUAACUACAGACAGUUUUUCAGAGCUUGCAAUUCUGUUAAUAAUUUUAGACAGAUAUCAACGAUGUCAAAAGGUCAGAAGAUGAAUCUCUGCGAACAAAAUCAAUCUUCCAAUUUGAUGACAAAGACUUUGUGUAGUACGUCUGCGGUUAUGAAUCAGACUCUAUCUAACAAAAUGACCCCUCCUGAAAUCUUGUCAAAUUGGAAUGGCGGUAGCAAGCCAUCUUUUGACAUUGAUGAAAUGAAUAAGUUACUGGAUCAUGACAAUCAUGAAAUGCGAACAAAGUUUCGAGACUUCAUGAGUGAUCCUUGUAUGACUCCAAGAUACAAUAUAUCUCUUGAAGAGGAGAGAGAUGUUGCUUUACAACGAUUGCAGAGAAUUUGUGAUGCUGGUUUCAUAUCUGUCACUGACUUCUGGCAUAAUCCACUGAGAAUUUUUGCAGCUCAUGAGAUUGCAGCUAUCAUAGAUCCUGCAAUGGCAACAAAAAUGACAGUGCAGUUUAAUUUGUUUGGAGGAACUAUAGUAAUGCUUGGAACAAAACGACAUCAUGACAUGCUUAUCAAAGGUAUCGAUAGCCUUCAUGACAUUGGAUGUUUUGGACUGACAGAACUUGGUUACGGAAAUAACGCAGUGGAGAUGGAAACAACUGCAGUAUAUGACAAGGCAACGCAAGAAUUCAUAAUUAAUACACCAACAACACUAGCUCAGAAAUAUUGGAUUACUAACGGUGCUAUUCAUGCCAAACACAUUAUUGUAUUUGCACAGCUUUCUGUGGAUGGCACCCAUCAUGGAAUACAUGGCUUCUUGGUGCGAAUUCGUGACAAUGACAUGAAAGUGAUGCCAGGGGUCAUAGUUGAAGACAUGGGCCACAAGAUGGGAUUAAAUGGGGUUGAUAAUGCCAAAUUAUCCUUCGACAAAGUACGAGUUCCAAGAGAAAACUUGCUAAACAAGUAUUCGGAUGUAGCAGAGGACGGGACAUUUACUACCUCAAUUAAAAGUAAUCGUGGGAGAUUCCUCACUGUUGCUGACCAAUUGUUAUCCGGACGUAUUUGUAUUGCUUCAAUGGCAAUCGGUUGUGCAAAAGCUGGUCUUUCCAUAUCAAUGCGGUAUGCAGCUACUCGAAUGACUGUUGGUCCGCAAGGCAAAUCUGACAUGGCAAUUCUGCAGUAUCAGUUGCAACAACGAUCACUUAUGCCUUUCAUGGCUCGAACAAUCGCCAUGAAUCUUGCUCUUGAUUAUGUCAAAGAAGAAUGGGCCAAGAGACCGACUGAUAAAACCGGCCAUCUCAAUGUUGUGACUUUGUGCUGUGCUCUCAAAGCAAUCAUCGGAUGGCAUGCUGUGGAAAUGGCUGCUGUAGCAAGAGAGAGAUGCGGUGGUCAGGGCUACCUCAGUGUUAACAGAUUUGGUACAUUUAUUGGAUCGAGUCAUGCUUCCAUUACUGCGGAAGGAGACAACAGCGUUCUCAUGCAGAAAGUUGCCAAAGAGAGAUUAAACCUUUUCAAUCCUGAAAAACUUGAACCAGUUGAAGCAGAUUUGAAGAGCCCGGCUUAUCUUCAUUAUCUACUCCAACUAAGGGAGACUUCUCAGUUCUCUGAACUUGGAGUGAAAUUAAUGAAAGGAGGAAUGGACAAAAUCUUCGAUACAUGGAUGUUACAAGAGAGCGAUCUUGUGCAGAAUGCUGCAAGAUCUUAUGGAGAAAGGUUGAUUAGCGAAAGGGUGAAGUUUACAAUUGAUUCUCCAGAUACUCAUUCAUCACUCAAAACCAUCUUAUCAAAAUUAUAUCACUUAUUUUUGAUUGAUACCAUUCAACGUGAUCUUGGAUGGUUUGCGGCAAAUGAGGUCAUCACGCCUUCAAUAGCAAAGCAGGUAAAUGAAGUUGCAGCUGAAGCAUGUCGAGAUCUUGCACCUGAUGCUCUUCAUCUCUGUUCAUCAUUCAAAUUAAGUGAUGAAAUGCUUUCUGCCCCAAUCGCACAAGACUGGGUGGAAUACAAUGUGGGUGAUAAUCAGGGUGAAUUGUCAAAGCUGUAAAAAGUUUCUCAAAUUUAUUGUAUGGAGACCAACACAUUUAAUUUAUAUAUCAAGUUGGAUAUCGAUAACUGUAUUAUCUCAUAGACCCAAGAGUUUCAUAUCAAGACCAGGAUUAACCUCAGCUGAUAUACUGUAAUUACUGUUACAUCGAAUAAUUUAUUUUCAUUUUGCAUUCUCAAAAGAUUAAAAUUUGGCGUGCUAGUGGAGAUAAUCCACACCUAUUUACUUUCAGUGCCCAACCUUAGUUCCCGCCUCUAUGGGUUAUAUAUUUCCGAUAUUUUUCGAGUGUGAAUAUGGUAUAGUUUUCUAUUUGGAAUUCAGUGAAAAUGCAAUAGAUCUAGUCAAGAGUUUCACCGUUUAAUAUUUGUUUAUAUUGUUUGAUUGAUUUAAAUAUAUUAAUUUUGCCUAAUCGUG